CCAAAACCAAAAGCAAAUUACAAAUAUGGCUUCCAAACUCAUCCUCCUACUUUCCUUGCUCAGCCUUGCAUCCUUCUCCCUUGUCACUUGUCAUCGACCUCCGAGGAGGUCCCCACCGCCGAGGAUGGUCCCAACACCGUCGAUGAUGACCCCACCGCCGAUGAUGGCUCCACCGCCUCGCAGUCAACCUCCGAUGAUGGCCCCACCGCCUCGCAGUCAACCGCCGAUGAUGGUCCCACCGCCUCGCAAUCCACCUCCGAUGAUGGCCCCACCGCCUCGCCGUCAACCUCCGAUGAUGGUCUCACCGCCUCGCAGCAACGGCAUAUGCCCUAAGAACACACUACAAUUGCGUGUAUGUGUUGGUUUACUAAACUCGGUGGGUGGUAAAGUAGGCACUCCCCCCCUCCAUGGCUCCACAAGGCCUUGCUGCAGCUUGAUUGCUGGACUUGUCGAUUUACAAGCUACUGUUUGUCUUUGCCAAACACUUAAGGCUCAUCUUCUCCAAAUCGUGGAUGUCAAUCUUACUGUCAGUCUUGCUCUCAAAGUUUGUAAUCGCAAUAUUCCUCCAAAGGCUAUCAAAUGUCCAAAAUAAACGCCCGCCCGCCUAUCAAUCUAUACACCGCCUGCCACCCACAUUCACAGAUGGAAUAUAUAGUAGAAUUACACACACCACACACACACACACAUAUAUAUAUAAAUAUCUAAAUAAAUGAGUUUAGUGAGUGAUAUGAUAAAUAACUAAACUCCUUUUACUAUUACAUGUAUCGUUGUCACAAUAUAUAUAUGAAUGAAUACCGAAAUUACGUAUAGUUAAAUUUUAA